AUGGGUUUAGCGGAACCAAGAAUAAAACAAAGGAUAUCCGUUGACCCUAGAAACUUAGCAUGGAGUAAUGGUAGCGUCUCUUUUAAUGAAAGUAUCCUCUAUAAUUUUUCGUCAAAAUACAUUUCGUUAACUCAAAUUUACAUUAUGAUGCUUCCAUUAGAUCAAGAUAAAUUUGGUUAUAGGAUGUUAUCAAAGAUGGGUUGGUUACCAGGAAAAGGAUUAGGUGUAAAUGAAGAUGGUGCAAAAGAGCAUAUAAAACUUUCACUUAAACAAGAUAAUCUUGGUGUUGGAGCCACAAAAAAAACUAUUGAUAACUGUGACUCUGGGAGUUUAUCUUCAAUUCGUUUAGCGCAUCGAGCUAAAUUCCUUAAAAGCAAAAAAGCCGCUAUACAAAAUUCCGAUAGAUUAAAUGAAAUAUUUGGUAUAAAAUCAAAUAAAGAUACUUUUGAUGAUUUGAAUAAUAUCUCAAACUCGCCUUCUUCAAAAAGUAAUAAAGUAAUUACAACUAUUACGACGACAGCGUCUUCAAGUGAAAUUGAUGAAUCGGAUCAGAACAAUUCUGUAAAAAGUAUAAGGAAAGAGGAUAUUGUGACUAACGUUAAUGAAAUGAGCGCUCAAGAAUAUUUUGCCCAAAAAAUGAAAGGGUUAAAAUUAUCAGGAAUUGCGAAUAGUGGUCUGUCGGAUUGUAAUAAGAUGAAUGCUGAGAUUGAUGAACGACCCAGCUUUAGUAUGGGAGUUUGCACGGGUUUCGUUAGUAAUGAACAAGACGCGAACAUGUCUAAUAAUGUUUUGAGUUCAGGUUUGGUUGGUAAUAGUAACAAGAAAAGGAAACGUGAUAUUGAUAUUGAUUUGGUUAAUAGUAAGAAAUCGAUUAAGAAAGACUGUACAAAAGGAGAAAAAAAUGAAAGAAUACAUUAUGCACUAGAAUGUUGUCCCGAAGGAGACUGCAAUUCAAGCAAGUGGUCAAGUUGGGAAAUAACAAAGUAUUUAGCUGCCAACACUUCUAUUAAGAAUAGUUCCUGUUAG